CUUUCAUUAACCUGAAGAGUUCUACUUUCGCCAAAGGCAAAAGUGUCAUGCCGAAACGUUUAAUUUCAUAAUAUAAACUUGAUAAUCUAACUAGAUCUAUAUAAGAAUAAUGAGGACUGCAUGUGCACUAAUACGGCACUCACAAAUUUUAAAUCAUUGUAGAAGGAAAUUACAGCCACUGGCAUCAACCAAACUCGUACAUGUACAAAAUGAGAAUAGCUAUAGUACUUCUACAGAGGUCCUGCCCCCACCUCCUGCCAACAUUGCCAUGAAAACCUACUCUCCGAAAAUUGAAAAACUUGUCAGUGACAUUGGGCAGCUCACUUUACUGGAAGUUUCAGACUUAAAUGAAUUACUAAAGAAAACAUUGAACAUUAAGGAAGCUCCAAUGAUGGCUAUGGGCUCAGCCCCUGCUGCAGUGGCUCAGAAGGCUCCAGAAGAGGAGGAAGAUGUUGCCCCCAAGAGAGAAAAAGUCAACUUCACUGUCAAACUGAUGAAAUUUGAUGCAGGAAAGAAAGUACAACUUAUUAAAGAAAUCAAAAAUUUAAUUGAAGGACUCAAUCUUGUUCAGGCCAAAAAAUUUGUUGAGUCCAUCCCACAGAUUGUGAAAGCAGAUAUCCCCAAAGAAGAAGCAGAAAAGUUGAAAGAAGCAUUGACAGCAGCUGGAGCAGAUAUAGAAAUUGAAUAAUGUUGAACACUUUAUAGUAUGAACAAUUUUUGUGUUUAUCAUUCAUCAUAUUGUUUGUAUUGUUAGACUGAGACGUGUGAAAGUUGAUUUCCAAUAAAGGAUUUAUACAUUUCAAGUAGAA